AUGGGCAAUGAACUGGUCUCUGGUCUUAAGGAGUUGAAGCUAAGCAAAAAAGUCCGUGAUAAACAGCACAGUAAGGGUAUCGAAAGAACAGCCCCAUCGGCAGGGGAUAUCCCAGGGCCACUAUCAGAUACUACGCAACUCCGGCAUGCUAAAUCUCUCGAUAACCACAAUAGCUUACCUUCGUCGGCUAACUGUGUGCCGACCGCGGAUGGUCACCAUGGCUCCGAGUCAGACUCGGAUUCCGAUACAUCGCAACAAUGGCAGACGGUUCCGGCAAUUUCGUCCUACGACAUAUACAACAAAAGCGGUGAGUUGGCCCUCGCGGCUCAAAAAGACACACAUACGCCAUCCGUACGAAGUGGGUUUUUAGCCAACUCUCGGGAGGUUUCCACAGAUCAACUCAAUGUUCAAAAGCGAGUCUCCACUUUUGGCUACACCAAAGUUGCUGAUGAAGAACAGGCACAACGGUCCCAUGCUACUAACCAAAAAACUGAUUUUCUUUUCAGUCACAAGGCUUUAACCGGGUCUGUAAGGUCCUUGAACAAAACGGGGACACCUUCUGAAUAUGAAGAUGAGUAUGAAGAUGAGGAGGAAGCACAUUCUGAACUAAAUCCGGGAAGUCAGUUGUCCUUUACAAAGACCUUGUUGAGCGAACACGAAAAGCUUGCCUACGUGGCUUCUAUCUCAGUAUUAGCCGACGAGCUGUGCACGCAGUUGGCACUAACUUGUCUUUCCACUAAUGUAACGGGAAACCGGAAGCUAGCACAUAAACUGCAGCUCCUCCAGAAAAAUAUGGGUACUUGGAAAACUAGCAUUCUCUCGCGACUGUAUGAGCAUCUGGAGAUUUCUGCGGGAGAGAUCACCAUGAUAGGAAACUUAGCCGCACAUGGUGUGGAGCUUAGAGACCUGUGCAAGUGCUUGAAGGUCGCACAAGUAAUUAACAAUCCUUGGGAAGACAAGCAAGCAUCCGAAAUGAGCCCUGAGCUGCAGGAGGCUGACAUAAAGAAUCCCCCUCCUACGAAUUCCCUACACCCCAAAGACUUGCACCAGGAGUCCGAACUAAACAUUGACGUAGCGUGGACAAUUGUUUGCGACCUCUUCCUCCUUCUUCUCGCUGACAAUCGGUAUGAUGCCCGAUCCCGCACUCUUCUCAUGAAAUUCUCAGAGGUUCUGAACAUCUCUAACACAGAAGUUUGCGAAUUUGAAAGACGUAUUAUAGAUGCAUUGGAUAUGGAGCAGUCUACAGAGGAGCAAGUUUGGAAUGAGACUGAGCACAUGAGAUCCCGUCGCAAAAAGAACAAAAAGCGAAAACUUUAUUACGUGGGUCUCGCAACAGUUGGCGGCUCUUUAGUAUUGGGACUAAGUGGCGGACUUUUAGCCCCUGUAAUUGGUGCUGGUAUUGCAGCUGGGCUUUCUACAGCAGGUAUAACUGGUGCAACUGGGUUUUUAACCGGAGUAGGUGGUACUGCCUUUGUUGCGGCUACAAGUACCGUUAUUGGCGCUAAAAUCGGAACAGAGGCUAUGUCAAAAAGAAUGGGCAGUGUUCGAACAUUUGAGUUCAGCCCUUUGCACAACAAUAGAAGGGUUAAUUUGAUAGUGAGCGUUUCGGGUUGGAUGACAGGUAACGAUGAUGAUGUGAGGCUGCCUUUUUCAACUGUGGACCCCGUGGAAGGAGAUUUGUACUCUCUUCAUUGGGAGCCGGAAAUGCUUAAAUCGACUGGCCAAACUAUAAACAUUCUUGCUAGCGAAAUUUUCACCCAAACUGUUCAGCAGAUUCUUGGAGCAACUAUAUUAACUGCAUUCAUGUCAGCGGUCCAGAUGCCCAUGAUGCUUUCAAAACUCGGUUAUCUCAUCGAUAAUCCUUGGAAUGUGUCUUUAGAUAGGGCUUGGGCGGCUGGUCAAAUUUUAGCUGACACCCUCAUCUCUCAAAACCUGGGUCAACGUCCUAUAACGUUGAUUGGUUUUUCUCUUGGUGCCCGAGUAAUAUACGCGUGUUUGGUGGAGCUCUGUAAACGUCAGGCAGCUGGACUGGUUGAGAACGUGUACAUUUUCGGCUCCCCUAUAGUUUACAACAGGGAAGAACUCGUAAUGGUUCGUUCUGUGGUUAGUGGCCGAUUUGUAAGUGGCUAUUCCGAUAAGGAUUGGAUUCUGUGCUACCUUUUUAGAGCCACCAGUGGUGGCUUCAAGAGCGUUAUCGGUAUUUCGGAAGUAAGGGGCGUGCAGGGCAUCGAGAACUUUAAUUGCACUGAAAUAGUUGAGGGGCACAUGGCAUAUCGUAAAAGUAUGCCCAAGUUACUAAAGAAGAUUGGUGUAUCAGUUCUAAGUGAGGACUUCGUGGAUAUAGAAGAAGCGGCUGACCCUGAACAAGUACAUCGUCAGCGACAAGUAGGAUAUGACCUUGAAAAGGCACACAAGAAAUUGUCAAGAAAGAAACGCAAUAGCUGGGUACCUACGUGGAUGAAACCAAAGAAAGCAAAAUGGCAAGAAAUGUACGAAGAAUCUGCAUUAUCACAGGAGAAGGAUGACCACGAGGCUAACGCAGAUUUAUCUGACGUAAAUGGACACAACGAAAGACCGGAUCCAGCUCUUGUGAAUACGAGCGCACUCAUGAAGGAGCUGGCUAAGUUAAAGCGUGACGUCAAAAUGUCACCAAGUAAUGGGGAACAAGAUCUCGAAAAGGCGGAUACUUUUCCUCAUAUCGAUACAGCGUCGACUCGCAGCGGAGAGGAGUCUGCAGUAGAGCCCAGAGGAGGCUUUCCUUUACUCAACGCAGGGAAAAUUGUAUUACCGGAUGACAAUGUACGCUACGAGAAGACCAAGAACGAGACAAUCGACUUCUCUUUUUCUGAUGAUUUCUAA